AACGCUGCUCGCUCGGACAAAAUUAAUUUGUAUACUUUAUUUAAUUGGCCGCAUUCCUUAAUCAUUCGCCGCCUACUGAGUGGCUAUUGACCAAGUGGCCUGCUCAUCCCAAGCAGGAUGCCCCGGAACACGGAGGCGGGCGCCAGCAGUGCGGUUACCGGCGGAUCUGGUGCAUCCGGCGGAGUAGGCGGUGCCCCCGAGCCCAGUUCUCCGGUUCAGAAGGUUUGGAAGCCGGAAUUGUACAAACUGCAGCUGGAGGCACCGGCCCCAUGCCCAUUGCGCUGCCAGCGAACACUGCCCCUUCCGCCGGCGAAGAGCACGGCGGAGGCCGUGGAGGCCAACAACAUGGCGGGCAGGCUGUACGGCUCCGAGUACCAUGGCCUGAUGGGCCACCUGGAGGCGGAGCAGCUGCUGGCCAACGCCCGCGACGGCAGCUACUUUGUCCGCCGGAGCCCGCAGUCCGAUGGCUACUACACGCUGAGCCUGCGGUUCAACAAGCGACCCAAGCACUACAAGCUGCUCUAUAAGCCCGGCGUGGGACACUAUCUGCGCGGCCAGGACAAGCGCUUCGACACGGUGCACGACAUGGUCGCCGACGGGCUGAUCAACUUUCACAUGCAGCUCCACGCCAGCCCCAUCAUCCAGCAGAUUAACCAGCAGACCAAGAACUGCUACCAGCAGAGCCCCUACAUGACCUUAAAUGGCCGGAAACUGAGGGCUCUGUCCAAUGAGCUGGGCAAGGCCACCGCAAAGGAAUCCCCGCCAGCCGAGGAGACGGAGCAGAAGCAGGAGGAGCUACCACCGCCUGCCGUGGAUCCCAUGCCGCUGGUCUACGAGAAGCCGCAUCACUUCAAGGUGCACACCUUUAAGGGACUCAACUGGUGCGAGUUCUGCGCCAACUUCUUGUGGGGAUUCACGGCCCAGGGCGUCAAGUGUGAGGCCUGCGGCUUUGUGGCGCACAGCAAGUGCUCCGAACUGGUGCCGCCCAAGUGUGUGCCGGAUCUGAAGCGCAUACGCGGCGUAUUCGGCACGGACCUGACCACCAUGGUGCAGCUGGAGCCGCACCAUCAGAUACCCUUUGUGGUGCGCCGCUGCGUGGAGGAGGUGGAGGCCCGCGGCAUGCUGCAGGAGGGGAUUUACCGCGUGUCCGGCUUCGCCGACGAGAUCGAGGCCCUCAAACUCGCCCUGGAUCGCGAGGGCGAGAAGACGGACAUGUCGGAGACGGCGUACGGCAAUGUGAACGUAAUUGCCGGCACGCUGAAGCUCUAUCUGCGCCUGCUACCCGUGCCGCUCAUCACAUUCCAGGCGUAUCCCAGCUUCAUGGCAGCAGGACGCACCGCCAAGCAGACGGAGCAGCGGCAGCUGAUGGCGGAGGCAGUGCGUCGCCUGCCGCCCGCCCAUCACAGGUGUCUGCAGUACAUGCUGGAGCAUCUGAAGCGGGUGGCCUCCCACUACGCCGUGAACAAGAUGAACGAGCACAACCUGGCCACCGUGUUUGCGCCGACGCUGAUUGCCACGCCGCAGCACAUGACGAAUCUGACGGAGGAGAUCUUCAUGCUCUCCUCGCUCAUCACCCACUGCAAGACUAUAUUCGCCCCAUCGUGAGCAGCUGGACCUGGAAGCGAGAUAGUUACCCAUGCCAAUAACUUCGUCGCCAAUUAGAGAAGCACGGCGAUGCGAAUCGGCAUGUCUCCCUGUCUCUUUCGAAACGAAUCCUUAACUUUGGCACGUGCGCUCGUGUCUUGGCGAUUCCACCAAAAACUUAGCCUAAGAUCAAAUGAUUUUUAUACAAACUUUUAUCUGCACACAAGAAAUCCAGUAGAACACAUUGAAUGUUGUAGGAGUACGAAUUUAGCGAUUUUUCGAAAUAUUUUUAAGCGCACUAUUAUGCGUAACAAAUAAAGAA